AUGAAUCAACAAUUUGAGGCACUGAAUGCUAACAAUACAUGGAGCAUGGUACCACUCCCAGCUGAUGAUGUCAUUGUAACAGGGAAUCAUCUAGAAGAGAUUGACUCCUUGAAGAAUUUCCUGCAUGAAACUUUUAUAAAUAAAAGAUUUGGGAAGGUUACACUACUUUUAGGAAUGAAAGUGCUUCACAAGGAAGAUGGAGUGCUAAUAACCCAAAGAAAGUUCACUAUGGACCUGCUGAAAGAGUUUGAGGGUACUGAGUAUACCAGCUUGUCAUCACCCCUCGAUCCCUCUACAAAGCUGAAGGCAGAGGAGAGUCCACUAUUGCCUGACCCUUAUAACUAUAGGAAGAUGAUAGGGAAGUUAAACUUCUUGAAAAAUACAAGGAAAGUGCUUCACAAGGAAGAUGGAGUGCUAAUAACCCAAAGAAAGUUCACUAUGGACCUGCUGAAAGAGUUUGAGGGUAUUGAGUAUACCAGCUUGUCAUCACCCCUCGAUCCCUCUACAAAGCUGAAGGCAGAGGAGAGUCCACUAUUGCCUGACCCUUAUAACUAUAGGAAGAUGAUAGGGAAGUUAAACUUCUUGAAAAAUACAAGGCUUGAUAUAUCCUACAGUGUACAGCAUCUUAAGCUAGUACAUGCAGUCACCUAG